AUGUUCAGAAAACUAAAAUCAGUAUUUUCUAGACCAAAAUUAGCACCUGAGAUAACAGAUUGCAAGAAUGAAGGUGCCCCUCCACCACCAAAGGCAUCAACAGGCCAGGAUGAAAAUAAAACAACAAAUGAACCACAGAAAGCAGAGGCCAACAAUAAAGCAGAGCCUGUACCAAAGCAACAAGAUACAGAAUCAGCGAAAGCACCUGAGCCUUCAAAACCUGGAAAUUCAACUGAACCAGCUAAGACAACUCAACAGGAAGAGCAUGAACUCAAAGAUGGGAAAGAGAAUGCUAACACACAGAAGCCAGCACCUCCAGGUUUCCAAACAAAUGAGUAUGCUGAUGCCCAGCUUCAAGAGAUUGUCAAAAAAUUGCGUGAAAGGGCAAAUGUGUAUAAGGAAAAGCUGAAUGACCCAGUGAUAUCUUCACCUGAAGCAAGUCCUCCAGUUUAUCGCCGUUACGUGGCGUGGCUCAUGCUUGUGACAAUUGCCUAUAACUGGAACUGCUGGUUCAUUCCCCUGCGCUAUGUGUUCCCAUACCAAACCCCCAGUAACACAAUAUACUGGCUUGUCAUUGAUGUAAUGUGUGACAUCUGCUACCUGUGCGACUUAAUCAUUUUCCAGCCCCGAGUGCGGUUUAUCAGAGGGGGAGAUAUAAUAUCAGACAGAGCAGAAACGGAAAAAUUCUACCGGAGCACUGUGAAGUUUAGGCUUGAUGUGUUAUCAGUGAUUCCAUUUGACAUUUUAUACUUCUUCUUUGGAUUUAAUCCAGCACUUCGAGCAAACAGGAUGCUAAAGCAUAACACAUUCUUUGAGUUUAAUGAUCGUUUGGAAGCCAUUAUGGAAAAAGCAUACAUCUACAGGGUCAUUCGAACAACUGGAUACUUGCUGUUCAUCUUGCACAUUAAUGCAUGCCUGUAUUAUUGGGCUUCAGACUAUGAAGGAAUUGGCAGCACUAGAUGGGUCUAUGAUGGCGAAGGAAACAUGUACCUGAGGUGUUACUACUGGGCAGUUCGUAGUUUAAUCACCAUCGGUGGCCUUGCAGAACCACAAACACUGUUUGAGAUAGUGUUUCAACUGCUGAAUUAUUUCAUGGGCGUCUUUGUCUUCUCCAGCUUAAUUGGCCAGAUGAGAGACGUAAUCGGAGCAGCAACAGCAGGACAGAACUACUUUCGGUCCUGUGUGGACAACACUGUCUCCUAUAUGAACACUUAUUCUAUUCCAAAAUUGGUGCAAAAUCGUGUUCGAACUUGGUAUGAAUACACAUGGGACUCUCAAGGAAUGCUGGAUGAAUCAGAAUUAUUGGAGCAGAUGCCAACCAAAAUGCAAUUAGCUGUUGCAAUUGAUGUGAACUUUGCCAUUGUCAACAAAGUGGACUUAUUCAAAGCAAGAACUGGAACCUUCACUCACAGCUCUGAGCCAUCUCUAGGUUUCCAGCUGAAUGCUGUCACACUGUCUCUCAGCAAAGAUGUCUAUCUCAUCACAGCAUUUUGGCUUAAACCUGGCCAGACAAGUAGUUCACAGGGAGAGAUUGGCAGAGAAAUGUACAUCAUCAAACAGGGUGAAGUUCAAGUCCUUGGAGGCCCUGAUGGUACCAAAGUCCUGGUUACACUAAGAGCAGGAGCUGUAUUUGGGGAGAUCAGCCUACUAGCUGCAGGUGGAGGAAAUCGAAGGACUGCCAAUGUGGUGGCUCAUGGUUUUGCCAACCUUUUCAUUCUGGACAAGAAAACACUCAAUGAAAUCUUGGUGAACUAUCCUGACUCAGAAAAACUUCUCAUGAAGAAAGCAAAGGUGCUGCUGAAGCAGAAAGGGAAGCCUGCUCCAGGACCACCAGUGCCACAACCACGGGGCUUGGCCAGUCUCUUUGGGCAGAAACAGGAAACUCCAAAAUUGUUUAAAGCAAUGCUUGGAGGAAAAGGGAAAGAAGGCCUUGCUAAGCUGCUGCAGCUGAAGAAACAACAAGAAACUCAGGAAACUAAAGCUGAAACAGAGACCAAGCCUAAAGAAGAGGAGAAGAAACCUGUGGAACCUGCAGCCCCUUCUGCACCCCCUGCUCAAAAGGAAAAGCCCAAGACAGAUGCUAAGCCUGCAGCUAUACAGAGAGCAACCAGUAAGGAGUCUCUGAUCAUCAGUAUGACACCAUCCCCCAGAGCAGGAGAAGGAGAGAUCCUUAAAGUUGAAAUUAAAGAGAAAGAGAAGAAAUAG